AGUUCGAAAUAUUUUUGUUGCAACAGCACUCUCUGCCGUUCAAAUAACUGAAGACAGUCGAAACAUGCCUAUGUCAUUUCUCAUUUUCUAUUGGCUGCUUUCAUUCACGUGAUCAAAACAUAAUCAUGGCGGCCUCUGCUGCAGUCCGGUCGAGCGUGGGGCUGACUUUGAGACUUUCUAGAGUUAUACCAGAUUGUAGCACAUGUCCUUUCAACAGGUUGAAUAGUUAUUUGAAUGGUAUAGCUAGUUCUUCGAAUGGUGAUCGUUUUCGGACGUUGAACCGACACUUGCAGACAUCCAGAGGUGAGUUGGUCUGUUAGCUAAUUUACGCAGCUACACUUGGAUAGCUAUGUAGAUAAUUGUUCAGCUUCCAUCAAACCAAUUAAUGUCUAUCAAUUUAGUGCUAGCCAGCUAGCUAGCUAUGUCUAAGCAAAUCGUAACUAGCUACUAUUAGUAAGGCUUGCACCCACAUUGUGAAAAAUAUAGCAAGACAAUCAUGGCAUCUGUUGCUAAGAAUAUUUGAUAAGUUGCGUAACUGAUCUCCAAAGCUGCUACUGCUCCUACAGUAACUCAAACAAUCCGUAAGAGGAUCUGGAACUGAAUGUCAACUAUUUCUCUAUUUUAUUUUUGAAGGUCUGUACCACAAUGAGGAGGGUGCAAGUGCAGAAGUCCCCCAAGAAGAUGUGUAAGUAGCUACUCUGCCAAUGCAUCAUUUAGCUAGCUAAUGGAGUAACGUUAGCUAGUUAUGUCUUUUACCCUUUUGACUCCGUUACGGUGCAUAACUGGGCAAGUUAGUUCUUCAUCUGAUGUAGUUAUGCAGACAAAGUCAAGGGGAUAUUCAUACUUUGUAACUGAUUUGCGUUAAUGCCAUUAAUUUUGAGUGCACCAUGCAUUCAUCACUUGCAUUGUCAUUUGUGAACUACCAAGUUUUUAAUAUUGUUGUUUUUGGUCUGCUCUUAGGGUGAAUGUGGUGUACAUAGAUAGAUCAGGAAAGAGGAUUCCAGUGAAGGCUAAAGUGGGAGACAACGCAAUGUACCUGGCCCAUAGGCACAACAUUGAACUGGAAGGUGAGUGCUAAUAGGCUCGGGAUGACGUCCUGAGAGAAUUCAGGUCACAAGUUGGUGAUUGAUUUCUCGAUUAUUGUAUUCAUGAACACUUACAUCUUGUUUCUUGCUCCCUUCCCAUGCGUGAUUUAAGGAGCUUGCGAGGCGUCACUAGCUUGCUCAACGUGCCACGUGUAUGUGAACAGAGACCACUUCGACAAGCUACCAGAGCCUGACGAAAGGUAUGAGAGCUCAUAUCAUUGCACAUCUUAUAGUUGUCCCUGUCAAAUAAACACAUACAAUGAAAAUACGAAACAUUCUUCAGUGUCAACAAGAUUGACUCGUAUAAUGCAAUGCAAAUCAAUGGUUUCAAUUUAAUUAUUCUCAUCGCAGAGAGGAUGAUAUGCUGGACAUGGCCCCCGCGCUACAGGAGAACUCCAGACUUGGCUGUCAGAUCAUCCUCACCCAGGAGCUGGAGGGCAUCGAGCUGACCUUGCCUAAGGUCACCAGGAACUUCUACGUGGACGGCCAUGUUCCCAAACCACACUGAGUACACUACACUCAACACUAGCACCCUAUUUAGUGUGAAGCAAUGUAUUGGGCAUUGAUGCUAAGUAAUAUGGAUGUUUACACUACAAACUAGCACCCUACUUAGUGUGAAGCAAUGUAUUGGACAUGCGUUCUAAGUAGGAUGCUAGUAUGGAUGUUGGAAGACAGCCCUCAGGACUGAGUCGUAAGAGAGAGAGGUGCACUCUUUGGACUGUCAGCAGGUAUAAAGAGGUGAGCUGGGAUAGAGGAGGCUUGAAGGGGCUCUUAUAUACCCACAUGACUGUGUGCCAGAAUACAAAAGUUAUGUACCAGUCACUGGCUGCGUUUAGAAGGGCAGCCCAAUUAUAUUUUUUUCAAUAAUUGGUCUUUGACAAUAAGAUCAGCUCGGAAAAACGUGCUCCUGAUGUGAUUGGUCAAAAGACCAAUUAGUGGAAAACAUCAGAAUUGGGCUGCCUGUGUGAACGC